GUAAAAAAGUGGGGCAUAAAAAAAUCCCAACGCCUCCGAAAUCAUCCCUUUCCUUAAACCCUAAACCACCGAUAAACGACCUUCUACUGCCGCACAUCUUUCACUCCACCGUCGCUUCUCCCCUCCACUCAUGGCCUUCUUCGACCUCAGCAUACCCUAUACGGACCCCUCCCCACCGGACCGAUCAUCAGCAACACGUGCCAAGCUGGUGACCAAGGCCCUGGAGCUCGGCUAUUCCGGAAUCGCUUACAACCGCACGAUCAAGGGCGUCAUGUCCGAUCACGACCGUUGCUCCAUCCCCCUCCUCAAACUUCCUUCCCUCCUCAAGCACUCCCCUCUCCUCCACUCCUCCGUCAACUUCCACCGCGACCUCCUCGGUGUCCCCCGAUCCUCCCCUUUCCGCCAGUACACCCGCCUCACCGUCUGCGCCGAGACCCCAGCCCAGUCGCAGGCCCUUAAUUCCGGUAACCCGGUUCUGAAGACUUACGAUUUGGUCGCCGUCAAGCCCUUAAAUCAAUCCGCUUUCGACCUCGCCUGUGAGAAAUUGGAGGUAGAUAUAAUUGCGAUUGAUUUCUCGGAGAAGUUGCCGUUUCGAUUGAAGAUGCCCAUGGUUAAAGCUGCAAUGGAGCGCGGAGUGUAUUUUGAGAUCACAUAUGCGAAUCUCAUUGCCGAUGUUCAAGCCAGAAAGCAAAUAAUAACCAAUGCUAAGUUACUGGUAGAUUGGACUCGUGGAAGGAAUCUAAUAAUUUGCAGUGCUGCCCCGACUGCAAAUGAAUUUAGGGGGCCAUAUGAUGUUGCAAACUUAAUGUCAUUACUGGGGCUCUCUAUGGAGCGAGCUAAAGCGUCUAUAUCAAGAAAUUGUAGGACUCUAGUAGUUAAUGCUGUGAGAAAAAAACACUUUUUCAAGGAAACCAUAAGAGUUGAAGUUCUGUCAUCAGAUCAAGAAACUGACAAGAACAAACCUUGGUCUGGUGACUCGUUUCAAUGGGAUCCCAUCUCUAGUGGUGAAGGUGAUUUGGUAUUAGCUGAUUUGGAAAAGUCUUUCAGUACCUCUAGUAACAAAGUAUCCAAAACUGCCAAAGCCAUUGAUUUUGCUUCAGUCAUUGACAGCAUGCCGUCACUUGGGUUUCAAGUCAAGGAUGUGAUAUGUGGCAAUGAUGUGGUUGUAUCUCAAUCAAUGGCUACUUGUAAAAGCACUGUUUCUGCUUCUGAGGCAGUUGAGCAACCAGCUGUGACUGCUGGAGUGCCAGAGCAACCUGAUAGAGCUUCUUUUCCUCAAUCAGGUCAAUCUUCUUUGUCUGAUAGUCUUGUGGACGAACAAAUGUUUGACUGUGAAAAUCCUCAGAAAUUAUAUUCAUCUUGUGGUACUGCAAACGCUUGUAUUGGUGCUGUGGAAAUUAAAUCUCCUACAUUAACUUCUGAAGCAAAACCAAACAAUGCAGAUGGUACAGAUGGGAAUAUUGAUUUGAUUUUGAACGAAAUUCAUGAUUUGCAAUCACAGAAGUGCGUGACUAAUCGUGAAUUGGAUGUCGUGCCACCUAAUGAUAAUUUAACAUUUCAAGCGUUAGAUGUUGGGUUAAAUGCUGCUUGUACUGCUAAUUCUGAAGUUGAAGUUUCCACAAAUUACCAGGAUUCAGAUAUUCCUGCUCCUCACAGUGAAGAGGCUUUGUGUGUGAAUGGUUCUGAUACACAAAUUGAUGUGAUGGAUGAAAUUUUUAAAAUGCUACCUGUGAAGUGUAAAGAAGAAAAAUCUCUGUAUUUGAAUUCAUCAUCAUUGCAUAUUUCAGAAAAAGAACAAUUCAGGGAAUCUGGAGAUGAUACAGUUGUACUUGCAAAUCAGGUUCCUGUUCUGGAGUCUUAUGAUGGUAUGGCGGCGCCUGCAAUUGAUGAUUAUUUAGUUGCAAGGCAUGGGUCAACGGAAAUGACUAUGGAAGAGAACGAAAAUGGGAAAGCUGAUACUGAAAUUAACUAUCCAGACUCGGUUCAAUCUAUAUCAGGGAAACCCAGACCAAAAAGGAAGACUCCUCAUCAAGUGAAGUUUCUUCCUCUUAAGCGAUUGUUGCAUACUGUACCCUUCAAGAAGGCGCAGAAAAGUAAGAAGAAAAAUUAAAAUGGCAUGACUGCAAUGAUUUUUCUAUGUUAUUGGUCGACAUAGUGAGUUAUCAAAAAUUAAUUUCGGCAUAUGUGAACUAGGUGAGUGAAGCUUGUUGCCUAUUUAGCGUUCUUUAUGUUCGUUUUCCCAAAUUUUGAUCUUGGUAUCAGUUUUGUCCCUCUUUGUAUGGAAUCUUAUAUGGAGAGAAUUCUCUUUGUCAAUCAUAAUUUAUGAAAGGUAUAAGAUCUAUAA